AUGUCGUCCGUCCCAUCCACGAUGAAAGCCAUCCUGGUUCCCGAGAACGGAGGGGCCGACGUGAUGAAGUACACCGAGUCGCAGCCGGUGCCCAAGCUCGCCGAAGGCCAGGUGUUGGUCAAGAACAACUUUGCCGGCGUCAACUUUAUCGACACAUACUUCCGGUCCGGGCUGUACCCUGCGCCGGGGGGGCUGCCGAUGAUCAUCGGGCAAGAGGCCGCCGGCACCAUCGCAAAGGUAGAGGGAUCCAACGCGCAGGGCUUCAAAGAGGGCGACCGGGUCGUCUGGAUGGCGUCCGGGGGCUAUGCAGAGUAUACGGCCGUCAAGGCCGAUAGGGUAGUCAAGAUCCCCGACGGCAUAGCGGACGAGCACGCCGUCGGCGGGUACCUGAUGGGCAUGACUGCGCUGAGCUUGGUCAAGGAAGCAUACCCGGUCAAAAGCGGCGAGACGAUCCUCGUCCACGCCGCCGCCGGCGGAAUGGGCCUCUUGCUCUGCCAGCUCCUCAGGGACAUUGGCGCGACUGUCAUCGGCACCGCGGGGGGUCCCGAGAAGUGUGCGCUCGCGAAGCAAAACGGUGCCACGCACGUCAUUGACUACAAAGCCACCGACGGCCCAAGCUGGGUCGAACAGGUCCUCAAGCUCACCGACGGCAAGGGCGUCGAUUGUACGUUCGACGGUGUCGGCAAGGAUACUUAUGAAGGGAGCCUUGAGGUUGCAAAGAGGAAGAGUAAGGUGGUAUAUUUUGGAAACGCGAGCGGUGCGAUCCCACCGUUCAACAUCGCUAAACUCUCGGCCAAGAACGUUUCGAUCAUGCGUUCUACACUGUUUAACUACAUCGUGACGCGCGAGGAGCUGGAAUUCUACGCCAACGGCGUCCUCGAUCUGAUCAAGUCCGGUAAGCUCAACAUUAAAAUCCACAAGAUAUACCCUCUCAAAGACGCCGUUCUCGCGCACAAGGAUCUCGAGGGCAGGAAGACAACCGGAAAACUGUUGUUGAAAUGCUAG